UCAAAAAAGAUCGGCAGUCUGGCGUUCUUUCUGCAUCCUGGCGCCCAUGGUCUGCCGUGGUCUGUCCACUCUCUCUCGUCUACGUGUCUUCCGUCAAUUCGGCAUAGCACGGUGGGUGCAGGUGGGGGUCGAUAGAGGGGCAUCGCGGGACCCCUAUCAGGCAGAGACGCAACAAGGCAACGACAGAGACGCUGCAGCACCCCCUCGUAGACCUCACCGCUCUUCAAAACACCACUGGAUCCGUCCGCCCGUCAGCCGCAGCUCCACACACCUGACGUCCCGUUACGGUCCCGUUAAGCCCGUGUUUUUCCACCUCUGCAGCAGUGACCCCGUCAGCCAUGAGCCACCCGCCCGGCGGCUCCACGGGCAUCGUCGGUCGCUGACGGCACUUGGCCACGAUGAGGUGUCAUGACGCGCAAGCCCACGGGUGUCCUCUCACCCCAACAGACAGCCUUUUGAGUGUCGGUACUUUCUGUCUGUCUGUUUCCUCGUCUGUUUGCGUACCUCUGGGGAGCAAGCCCGGGGUGUUGAUGUACUGCCCUGUGUAUGUGUAUGCCCCCCUCGUGCCCUGCCCGCCCCCAGCCGUGCCGCCGUAGCCUGCAGGCGGCGCCAUCGGUCGGUAGUUGUGAGCCAUGCUCAUGGGCGGCACAGGCAGAUGGGGGUACUGCGGCGACUGGUAGUAGUAGAGGUUUGGCGGCACGGGAGCCGGCGGGUGGUAGGGGGGGCGAUGGGAGGCUGGGCCUGCUGCUGUGUGUAUGGAAGGCGGGCGAUAUUUGGCCGCACGGCAGCAGAGCGAGGGUGGACGGGAGCUGGCGACACGACAGGUGCACCAGCAGCACCAGCACCAGCACCAGCAGCGGACCUGAUCGAAUCAAUCCAGCCAAACAGACGGAAUGAAUGAGAGUGCAUACAGGAUGAUGCCUGUGGCUUCUGUUGGCCUACAGAGUAGCUGCCGGGAAUGCCUCCUGGACGAGCGAUCCGUCAACGCUGAGACACCAGACAGACCCACAACAGACACAGAUAACCAAUGCCAUUCGUCCAUCCGUUCUCUGUGCCGUCCGCCCUCUUGUCUGACCCACCUGCCGUGUCCAGCCCCCUGCCCCUCCCCUGGCUGCACUCCACCACCACCACCAGCAACACGCCCACUAAUACCCGCCUGCAUGACGGACACAGACAGAGAGAGAUAUACCAACGAUGGAUUCAUUCCCCUGUCUGUCGUGGCCGUGCUAGCUUACCAAUGCCACCUAGAUACCGUCCUCGCGAACCCCCCUCCUCCUGCGCCCCUGCCCCCACCAUCGUUGCCACCACGACGCCCACCGCUAUCUCCAUCCCUCGCCACACACGCCGCAUCCCGUAGCCCAUCUGCCGCUGCCGCUGUCGCCGCCCCCUCUGCUGGUCUUGUCGGUACCACACUGGUCAGCACCUCCCGCAGCUGCCCAGCGACGUCAUCCUCCUCAGGGUCCUGUUCGUUGUCCUGUCGCUCGAUGGCUGGUGGACUCUUGAUGGUGUUGUCGCGACGGGGUGCGGCCUGGGCGGCGCUGCUGCUGGCCGAGGGGUGAGUGGGGGCGUUGUUCAUGUUGGCAGAAGUGCUGGCAGCCGCGGCAGCACCAGCAGAUCCGGAAGACGACUCCUACACGACAACAGAGAACAGAGAAGGUGCAUUUGGAUGGAUGGAUGGAUGGGUGGGCGUGUGGGCAUCAGUUGGGUGAGCACAAACCUGUAUUUAUUUGGUUGAUUGAGGGGGGAGGGGGAGGUUGGUCCUGUCUCCCGCUAUGUCCACCAUCCCCACCCCCACCUCGACCACCACCAGCCCUCUCCGUACCGACCUCACGCCAAGGCGCAGCUGCUGCAGCUGCCGCAGCAAUGGCAGCAGCGGGGCCAUUUACCACCGCUCGGUCCUCUGGGGGAUCCUGAGCCUGCUCGUCCUGGAUGUCUUGGGCGGUCCUCAAUGACGUCUGGGGAUCGUGUUGGUCGUCAGCUGCUGGCGGAGGGCUGUGGGACAUGGUUGUCUUGGACGCGACUGCUCGCAGCCCCAGACGCGGC